GCUAAGAUUUGAUCCUUAAACGAACCAAGACAAGGUUGGUUGGUUUCUGUUCUAUGAGCAAUGGAAGCUUCGCUUCUUCUUCCCUCUCACUCAGUCACUGGAUUCAGGGCUAGCAAAGAGCUUCCGCAUGUGCUGUCACUGCGUGAGUUGAAAAGCAUAAUAUGCUUCUCAGUUUGUAAUCAGAAGCAAAGUUACAAUCGAAAGUUUUACAUUCUACCCAUUAGGACUGUUUCUGGGUUCUGCACUUCAAGAUCCUCAGUUAGGUCAUUGGAAUUCAGUGGGACAGGCCCACAUAGUGAUGCUCAUUCUGGUUUUUCAGCUCCAAAUGACAAUCAGAGAUAUAGCAAUUUUGAGAAAGAGUUGGAAGAAUUAUUUGUUGAAGUGAAAAGAAUGAUUAAAACGGGAAAGAAAAAUGAUGCUAUAGACCUGCUUAAUGCAAAUUAUGAAGUGGUGAAAGAGCAGAUGAAUGCAGGCACUAAAGGCAUAGAAGAAGCUGCAAUGUUAGACAUCCUAGCAUUGGGCUACAUGGCUGUUGGAGACUUAAAAUUUGUUGGUUCUCUGUUGAAUUUGAUGAAAGAAGUUGUUGACAACUUAAAGGAUGAUGCACCACAUAUAGAUUCAAUACUUGUGCAUAUGGGCAGUCUGUUUGUGAAGUUAAGCGAGUUUGAAAAAUCAUUGAACGCGUAUCAAAGGGCUGUGUACAUUAUGGAGAAGACCUAUGGUAAGGAUAGCACUAUGCUUGUGACACCCCGUUUGGGUAUGGCAAAAGCUCUUGGUUCCGUUGGAAAAGCAACAAAAGCAAUAGAGAUAUACCAGCAUGUUAUUAGUCUCUUGGAAUCAAGUAGAGGUGCUGAAAGUAAGGACUUGGUUAUACCUUUACUUAGUCUUGGCAACCUUUUACUGAAAGAAGGGAAAGCCAAUGACGCAGAAAGCCACUUUACUAGGGUUCUAAACAUAUACACAAAAGUAUAUGGACAAAAGGAUGGAAGAAUAGGAAUGGCUAUGAGUUCCCUAGCCCAAGUGAAGUGUGCUCUAGGGAAGUCAGAUGAAGCAGUUAAUUUGUUGAAAGGUGCUCUUAAGGUCAUGAAGGAAUCAAAUUACAUGUCACCGGAUGACAGUAUUAUGGAAAAGAUGAGGGUAGAUCUAGCUGAGUUACUCCAUGCUGCUGGGAGAGGACAAGAAGGUAGAGAGGUGUUAGAGGAGUGCUUAUUAAUCACUGAGAGGUCCAAUGGAAAGGAUCACCCGAACUUAGCGGUACACAUGAUAAAUCUUGCAACUUCAUAUUCACGGUCGAAGAAUUAUGCAGAGGCUGAACACUUGCUGAGAAGAAGUUUGCAGAUCAUGGUAAAGCAUAAGGGAACUGAUGACCAAUCCAUUAGCUUUCCUAUGUUGCAACUUGCCGUUACACUAUACCAUUUGAAAAACGACGAAGAAGCAGAGAAACUUGCCCUGGAGGUUUUGCGCAUCCGCGAGAAGGCAUUUGGGGAUUAUUCUCUUCCCGUUGGGGAGGCUUUGGAUUGUUUGGUGUCUAUUCAAACCAGACUGGGUAAGGAUGAAAAUGAGUUACUUGAUGCUCUUAGAAGGAUCUUAAAUAUCCAAGAGAAGGAAUUUGGAUAUGAAAGUGAAGAGGUUUUGGUUACACUACAAAAAAUUGUAUACUACUUGGAUAAGCUAGGGAGAAAAAAUGAAAAGCUACCUUUAGAGAGAAGGUUAUCUGUGCUUAGGAAGAAGUUUAAGAUGAUGGUUCCUCAUAGUGGGAAAUAACAAUAUGAUUUAUUAUGUUUGUAAUUUAUCUUUAAUGCUUGAAGCGUUUCUCCAAAUGUUUCCAUGUGCA